AAUGAACAAUCAACUUCAUGCUGAAAUUGUGAAUGAGUUGAAGCAAAUGCUUGAUGAAACAAUGUUCUUGCAAAGUCAUUUAGAAUGGUAAGAGAUCAAUUUCAAACAGAUGGGACCUCAAAUGUUAGACUUAGAUUGAUUGGGAAAAGAGGCUCUGAUGGAAGAAGAUACAAUUUACCAACAGUUUCAGAGGUAGCUGCUUUGAUCGUUGGAGAUUUUGAACAAACAAGGUCUGACAGAGAUAUCAUAGUUGAAAGCCAAUCUGGACAAUUACAAAGGAUAAAUGAAUUAAAUGCAGCAUACUUAGGUUUGCAAUAUCCAUUACUAUUUUUGUAUGGUGAAGACGGAUACCGAGAAGAUAUUCCUUUAAAUGAUAUUGAUGAUUCAGCCGGUGGAAGGAAAUGUGUUAGCACGCGUGAGUACUUAUCAUAUAAAAUUCAAGAAAGGAAGGAUGAAGUUCAUUCAAUUGUGUCAGCUAGAAGAUUAUUUCAACAAUUCUUGGUAGAUGGUUAUACAAUGAUGGAAUUUUCUCGAUUGAGGUUCAUUAGGCUUCAUCAAAAACAAUUGAGAGCACACUUUUAUAAAGGGUUACAAGAUGAUGUUUUACAUGGGGACAUACAACCUUCUUCUCAAGGACAAAAAGUUAUACUCUCUUCCAGCUUUACGGGAGGUGCACGUUACAUGUUGCAAAAUUAUCAAGAUGCCAUGGCAAUUUACAAAUGGGCGGGGUACCCUGAUCUGUUUAUCACAUUUACUUGCAACCCAAAAUGGCCAGAGAUUAUUAGAUUUGUGGAGAGUACAGGAUUAUCUCCAGAAGAUCGUCCCGACAUUUUAACAAGGGUUUUCAAAAUCAAGCUAGAUCGCAUGAUAAAGGAUCUACGCGACAAUAAAGUUUUUGGAGAAGUAAAAGCAGUGAUUUAUACAGUUGAAUUCCAAAAGCGGGGCUAGCCUCAUGCACACAUCUUGCUUUUUCUUCUGAAUAAAUACCCAAAUAUCGGAGAUAUUGAUGGAAUAUUUUCAGCAGAAUCACCAGAUAAAAAAGUAGAUCCUUAUUAUUAUAAUGUUGUUACAAAUUUCAUGAUGCAUGGUCCUUGUGGUACUGCUAGAAAAUCUUCUCCUUGCAUGAAAAAUGGUAGAUGCACAAAGCACUUUCCCAAAAAAUUUGUGUCAUCAACCACAAUUGAUGAAGAUGGGUAUCCAAUUUAUAGAAGAAGGGAUGAUGGUAGAACUGCAAAGAGAGUAGGUAUUGAGUUGGAUAAUAGGUAUGGUGUACCAUACAAUAGAUUUUUAUUAUUGAAGUAUGGUGCACACAUUAACAUGGAGUGGUGUAAUCAAUCACGAUCCAUUAAAUACUUAUUUAAGUAUGUUAAUAAAGGUAAUGAUCGUGUCAUGGCAGCUUUUUCUCAAAGUGUAAAUAAUGAAGACUCGGGGGUCAUUGAUGAAAUAAAUAUGUAUUGUGAUUGCCGAUACAUAUCACCUUGUGAAGCUGCUUG